AUGGCAGACUCAACGAUGCCUCAAUUUCCUUCUCCUAACAAUGACACAUCCAAUAUGCCGAUUGCUGUCGUCGGCAUUGGUUGUCGUUUUUCAGACACUGCUUCUAAUCCAGAGAAGUUUUGGGAGCUGCUGGCGCAUUGUAGAAGUACCAGUGCUCCUACUCCGAAAGAUAGAUUCAAUGCUGAAGCUUACUAUCAUCCCGAAUAUGAUCAUGCCGGGACGUGCGUUACAACAAAAGGCCAUUACAUGGCAGGGGAUAUUUCUGAAUUUGACGCACCUUUCUUUUCUAUCACCGCGAACGAGGCCAUGUCAAUGGACCCUCAGCAAAGGAUGGCGCUGGAGGUUGCGUAUGAGGCGUUUGAGAAUGCUGGAAUGCGACUCGAAGACAUCACAGGUUCCAACACCUCCGUCUAUAUGGGCACCUGCACACAAGAUUAUUAUGAUUUACUUAUCAAGGAUUCUGAACCAACAAAUGUGCACUCCGUAACUGGUAUCAGCAAGUCACUUUUGGCCUGCCGCCUGUCUUGGUUCUUCGAUCUCAGAGGCCCAGCCUUGACGAUCGACACGGCAUGCUCAUCUUCCUUGGUCGGCGUUCACCUUGCCUGCCAGAGCUUGCGUACUGGUGAGAGCCAAACGGCACUUGUCGCCGGCACCAACUUGAUUUUCGCCGUAGAUACCAUGGUAUCUAUGUCAGCCAUCCAUGCUCUCAGUCCGGACGGUCAAUGUUACAGCUAUGACCACAAGGCCAAUGGUUACGCCCGAGGCGAUGGCAUUGCCGCACUUGUUCUUAAGCCUCUUGAAGCAGCACUGAAAGAUGGUGAUGUUAUCCGCGGCGUAAUCCGUGGCUCCGCCGUCAACCAAGAUGGUGGAGCCUCUGGCAUAACCCUUCCCGUUGCGGCCGCACAGGUUGACCUGGUGAACACGGCCUACCGAAAUGCAGGCCUUCCCCAAGACCAGACAGCGUUUUUUGAAGGCCAUGGAACUGGCACAGUUGCUGGUGAUCUACAAGAAACCACAGCUAUGGCGAAAACCAUAGGGCGGUACCGCUCCAAAGAAGUCCCACUCUAUAUCGGCUCCUCCAAGGCAAAUAUUGGCCAUAUUGAAGGCGCAAGCGGGCUGGCUGGACUCAUCAAGGUCAUCUAUUCCCUUGAGAAGGGUAUGAUUGUUCCAAAUGUCGGGUUCGAGCAUCCACCGACGCCAAUGUUGUUCGAUGAGUGGAACCUCAAUGUCGCAACGGAGCUGAUUCCCUGGCCACUCGAUGGAGUACGCCGUGCUAGUUGCAAUGGCUUUGGAUUCGGUGGAACAAAUGCCCAUGUCAUUGUCGAUGAUGCUUACCACUUCCUCAAGGAGCACGGUCUAAAAGGAAACCACAACUGCGUGCUCAGUGAGGCGGAAGGCUCACCACAGUCUACUGCUGACUCCGGUGUCGGCAUGGUUCCAAACAUAGAUUCCGAGGAUGAGGGCCAAUUACCAGACGCUAUGGACGCAGAUAUAAAACGCAAAGAGGCCAAACUGUACACUCGGCCGAGGCUUCUUGUAUGGUCGUCCGGAGAGAAGAAAGGCCUUGAACGCACAUUCACAAAUCUUACCCAAUAUCUGAACGAAAAGUCUGCCGCUGAGAGCAAGACCGAACUUAUAGAUAGACUGGCGCUCACGCUUGAAAAACGGAGAAGUAUUUUCCCCUGGAGGACGUUCUCCAUCUUAUCGUCAUUACAAGAUCCUGAGGUGCAGAUGAAAGACUCGCUGGUGGAUCCCGUCCGAGUCAAGGGGUCACCAAACCUUGCAUUUGUGUUCACCGGCCAGGGGGCGCAGUGGUUUGCCAUGGGUCGUGAGCUGCUCUCCUAUAAAGUCUUCUCUGAGAGCCUCACAGCCUCAGACGAGGUGCUGCAAUCGCUGGGUAGUCCCUGGUCCAUCUUGAAAGAAUUGGCCAAAGACGAAGAGACUUCUAGAAUUAAUGAGACAGAUAUCAGCCAAGCAUGCUGCACAUCUUUGCAAUUGGCCUUGAUCGAUCUGCUACGAAGUUGGAAUGUCUUACCAAAGGUGGUCAUCGGCCAUUCCAGCGGUGAAAUCGCCGCGGCGUAUGCUAAAGGCGCUAUCAGCCGUACCUAUGCCAUGAAAGCAGCAUAUUAUCGUGGGAUGGUUGCUUCUAAGCUGGGAGAACACGUUCCAGAUUUGAAGCUCGGCAUGCUUGCGGUUGGCAUCGGUGAAGGUCGGAUUGCACCUUACAUUGAGUCAGUCAAGGACAAAGUCACCGUCGCUUGCUACAACAGCUCAUCAAGCUUGACACUAUCUGGUGAAGUGAGCGCCCUGGAGGUGGUCGAGGGUUUGUUAAAAGAAGAAUCCAUCUUCGCCCGAAAACUCAAAGUUGACGUUGCAUAUCAUUCGCACCAUCUCAAGAAGGUGUCCGACCAAUACCUCAGCUCGAUGGGUGAUGAGCAGCCUCUCUCAACUGGAGAUAAGGUUGUAAUGAUCUCGACGGUCACAGGCCUUCCCAUCACGGAUUCAAUGCUCACUCCAAGUUACUGGGUGGAUAACCUGUUGUCACCGGUGAGGUUCGAUCAAGGGGUGCGUAGCAUCCUCAAAGACAAGGGUGCCAUUGAUCUACUAGUCGAGAUUGGGCCCCACGCAGCACUUCAAGGACCUUUGAAGCAGAUCCUAGCAGAAAUCAGUCAGAACCUCCCUUCCGUUUCUCUGCUACAUAGGAAACGUGAUGCAGCCGUUACCACCUUGGAAGGCAUUGGACGUAUCUGGCAACAUGGUCUUGAUGUCAACUUGACACUGGCAAACUCCCCAGGCGGCGUUCAGGCUGCCGAUGUCGCGCCGCUGACCGACCUCCCACCAUACGCAUGGAACCAUGAGAACCGAUAUUGGUGUGAGUCGUCCAUAUCGCAGGAUAUUCGAUUCCGAAAAGACAAGCGACAUCACUUGCUCGGUCACCGCAUUCCCGGAAGCGUGCCUCAAAGUCCUCUCUGGAGAAAUAUUAUUCGGGUUUCGGAGAGUCCGUGGGUUCAGCAUCACAAAAUUCAGGGAACCAUUCUGUAUCCUGCGGCUGGGCACAUUGUCAUGGGUAUCCAGGCGAUGUGGGAGUAUGCGGGCUUUCCUCUUGACAUUGACGGAUUUGAGCUCCGAGACAUCAAGAUUGAGAAAGGUCUGGUCGUGCCUGACGAUGCCAAUGGCGUCGAGACCAAUCUCCAACUCACGCCGGUUAAAGUUGGCACGGCAUCGAACGAGGUAGUUUGGUAUGAGUUCACAGUCUACUCGAGAUCCGAUUCCGAUACCUGGGAACAGCACUGUUCAGGUAUGGUCCGCUUGAAACCUAAGCAAGAAGCAAAUUCGCUCUUCAACGACGAAGAGGCCGUCGAGAUCAACUCCAUGAGACAAAAGCACGCAGACAUCAAAUCGCGCUGCACCAAGUCCGAAUAUCCACGCCAAUUCUAUGAGUCUUUGUCGACAUUGGGCUAUCAGUACGGGAGCGUCUUCCGGGGACUCACGGAGAUCAAAUAUGGCUACAUGGAAAGCAGCUGCGUUGCUACAGUUCCAGAUACCAAAGCCAUCAUGCCAUUCAACUUUGAGCUGCCGCACAUUGUCCACCCUGCAUUCCUUGACAGCAUUUUCCACAUGUUGUUUCCGUCUCUGAUGCCGGAGGGUAUGCACAUGAGUGCUGUGGGAGUGCCUACGUUUUUCCAACAUAUGUACGUCAGCGCAGACAUCAGUCGGACGCCAGGAGACAAGGUUAUUGGUUACUCGGAAGCUAUUCCUCCUCUGAGCAGAGAGACUCACGGCAAUCUGGUGGUCGCCGAUGCUGAAUUCACCAAGCCAAUUCUCGUCAUCAGUAACCUCACCUGCACAGCCGUGGCGUCGUCGGGCACAGGCGACAUGUGGUCCCGCAAGCUCGGUAGCAGGCUCGAGUGGAAGAAAGACGUCAGCGAGCUCAAGAAAGAUGCGGAGCAAGUCUUUGUGCCCGGACCCACGACUGAGCUUCUUGCCAGCUAUCCGUAUGUGGCUGAAGAGCUUGAGUUUGCUGGUCUCGUCUACGCGAAGCGCGUUCUGAAAGCGAUACCACCAGAAGACGUUGGAUCACUGAAGCCACAUCUCCAGCUCUUCUACCAAUACUGUCAACACAACUACGAGCUGGCUUCGCAACAAAAGCUUCCCCUUCAAAGCCCUCGUCUGGACUGGAUGAAUCCUUCUAAGGAAGUGGAAGAUGAAAUAUUGGCUCGCGUCUCAGCAGCCACAACCGACGGCGCGCUGUUAUGCCACCAGGGCGAGCAUCUCGUAGAUAUCUUUCUUGGGAAGACGGAUCCUCUAGAGAUCAUGAUCCAGGGCAAUCGCCUUCAUGCCAUUCACGGACAGCAUCUAGGUUGGGAGAUUGGGCACCACCAUCUGGCUGAGUAUGUGGAUCUCCUGGCCCACAAGAACCCUGACAUCAACCUCCUUGAAAUCGGUGCUGGAACAGGCGGAACCACCCAAGCCAUACUGGAGAAACUCGGCGGCAAUAAGGGUGACUCACCUCGCAUGCGCUCAUAUUGCUACACUGAUAUCACCAGCGGCUUCUUCGAAGAUGCCGGCGAGAAGUUUGCGCCAUGGUCCGCCUACCUCGAUUUCAAGAAGUUGGAUAUCGAAAGGGAUCCCAUCGAGCAGGGAUUCGAGGCCGGCAGCUACGAUGUCAUCAUUGCAUCGAAUGUUCUGCAUGCAACCAAGUCAAUGGAUGAAACCAUCUCGCAUGUCAACAAACUACUCAAACCAGGUGGCAAACUGAUUCUGUAUGAAAUCACCAACCCUCUGAUCCAGAGAGUCUGCAUGAUCUUCGGCACACUUCCAGGAUGGUUUGCCGGUGCCGACGAAGGAAGGCGGCUGUCACCGUGCUUGACAUACAAACAAUGGGAUGACCUACUGAUCCGCAAUGGCUUCAGUGGUAUUGAUAUCUCGGCCCGCAGCAUGCCCAAGAUCGAGGAGCAUGAGCAAAGCUUCAUGGCGUCGACCAAGAAGCCGACUGACGGCGAUGCGAACCUCCCUGCCGAAGUGUUGUUAAUCCAGCCUGAGACUUCCGGAACCAACAAAGAUUUGAGUCAGAAGUUGACGCAGGCUCUCCAAACCAUUGGCGUGCAGGCGUCGAGCCACACCAUGUCCGAGGCUUUACGUCUGGGCGUGGCGAAGAAGUUCUGCAUCUUUACGUUGGAAGCAGAAGUCCCAUGGCUCAUUGAUGCUGACGCAGAAGCAUGGCAUACUCUCCAGGAGUUGAUCCUCCGAUCGAGACGUUUUCUGUGGCUCACAAAGGGCGCAACAGAUGGCCAAUCUCCGGCUUCAAGUCUCAUCACUGGACUUAGUCGAACCAUCCGAACAGAAAACCCGGGGCUCAUUCUAACCACUCUCGAUCUUGACCCUUCCUGGAGCUGUGACGACGAGCGGAACAUUGAGUCGAUUCUUAGAGUCCUGCAAAUAUCCUGUACCAAGAAGGAGGAGGCGGACCCAGACUGGGAGUAUGCUCUCCGAGAUGGAGUGCUGCAAAUUCCCAGGUUUAUCGAGGAUGUGCCAACGGACGACAUGCUCCACAAGAUGACAAAUCCAAGCGACCCAACCCACGGUCUGUUGAAGCAGAAGGAGCGUCCGUUGAAGAUCGAAAUGGGAGCGCCGGGGAUGCUCAGCUCAUUCAGGUUCGUCUCGGACGAGGGUCCGGCCGGUCCCCUUGCGGAGAACGAAGUAGAGAUCGAGGUCAAGGCCACCGGUCUGACGCCGAGAGACGUUCUUAUUGCAACCGGUCAAGCACAACUGGACGAACUGGGAUCCGAGUGCAGUGGUGUUAUCACCAAGGUCGGCGCCUCGGUCAAAGCGCUCAAGCCUGGCCAGAGAGUCGUUACAUGGCAACGCCAUGAGGGAUGCCUGCGGACGCACCUUCGGGCUCCAGAAUCCCUGGUCUUUGAGUUGCCCGAAGACUGGUCCUUUGAGGACGCUGCGUCUCUACCAGUCGCUUUUGCAACAGCCUGGUACUCCCUGGCGCAGCGGGCACGGCUCGAGAAGGGCCAGAGCGUGCUCAUCCACAAUGGUGCCAGCGCGGUGGGCCAGGCGGCCAUCACGGUAGCCCAGCAUCUCCAAGCGGAUGUUUUUGUGACCGUGUCCAACAAAGAAGAGCAGUCUGUGGUGGAGAAUUACAAUGUCCAGAGCGAUCGUAUCCUGAGCGCCAGUGAUGUGGGCUUCGUAAAGGGUGUCAAGCGCCUUACGAAUGGCCAGGGAAUGGAUGUGGUGAUGAACUCGCUGACAGGUGAGGCCCUUCGUCAGACGUGGCAUUGUGUUGCUCCAUUUGGCUGCUUCAUCGAGCUCGGUCAGGAAGAUAUACUAGGUAAUACCGGUCUGGACAUGGGUCCAUUCAAGCAUAACAUCACGUUCGUGGGCGUCAACAUACUUGAGCUAUCCCGCAAGCGAGAGAACCUUGCCGCCUCGCUCUUCAGUUCCGUUUGGGAGCUCUUGCGUCAAGGACAUAUCAAGCCCCUCCAUGCCGUUUCGAGUUUCAAGUAUUCGCAGAUGGAGGAUGCCUUCAACGCCGCGAAAUCUUCAAACCAGAUUGGCAAAGUCGUCGUCACCGUUGAGGAGGAGGAUGAAGUUCUGGUAAGACCCACACCCCCAAUCCCAUACCGCCGCUGCCGCAAGGCAAUUUACGUGCUGGCUGGUGGCACUGGUGGCACUGGGCCUUCGAUCGCCGCCUGGUUGGCAGAUCAUGGCGCAAAGAACAUCAUCGUCCUGUCCCGCUCAGGAAUCACCAGACCCGAUGCCAAGGAGGUGUACAGCGCGCUCGGCGUCCGUGGCAUCACCAUCGCAGAUAUACACUGCGAUAUUACAAACGCGUCGGCCAUGGAGGCAGCGGUGAAAGAAUGCGAGCAGAAGAUGCCCCCAAUCAAGGGUGUCAUCCAGGGAGCCAUGGUCUUGGAGGAUUCUGUCUUUGACAACAUGACAUACGCAAAUUGGAGGCACUGCAUCGAUCCAAAAGUUCUAGGCACGUGGAACCUGCACAACUCACUGCCCAAGGAUAUGGACUUCUUCGUGUGUCUGUCGUCGAUCGCGGGCUGCGUGGGCAGUCGUGGCCAGUGCAAUCAUGCUGCAGAGAGCACUUACCAAGGGGCGCUUAUGGAGCACCGCCGCAAGCUGGGCCUGCCAGCGUGUUGCAUUGACACCGGAUCACUUUUGGGCGUGGGCUGGAUCGCGGAGAACAUCGAAGCAGCUGCCAUGUCGUAUCUGCGGUCGAUCCAGUAUCUCGGCAUGCGGUUCGACGAACUGCUACUGUUGAUCCAGGCGGCUAUCACGGGGUACACCAGCGAAGGCUUCCGUACUCCCACCGUGCUCGCCACAGGCCAGGGCACCGGAGGGCUGGUGGUGCAGAACGACGCGGAGCCGCCGUACUGGUUCGAAGAUGCGAAAUACCGGUACCUGAGAAUGGUGGGCACGCAUCUCGACAACACCGCCGGCGAUCAGGGCGGCGACAGCAUCCCCGUAUCCGCGCAGCUGAAGGCAGUCUCGUCCUUCGACGAAGCCACCGACAUUGUAGUCACUGCCAUCACGAACAGACUGGCCAAGCAGUUGCUCAUGUCGCCUGAAGACCUGGACUCGUCAAAGGCCAUUGGACGACUGGGCGUGGACAGCUUGAUUGCCGUUGAGCUGCGGAAUUGGAUGUUCAGGGAGCUCGGCUCCGAUGUCGGCAUGUUCGAGAUCCUCGGCGGUGACGCCAUGUCUUCCCUCGCCGCGAAGAUCGCCCGGACCUCGAAAUUCCUGCCCAAGACUUUGGGCGAGGCUGGCGGCGGUCAGGAGAAUACAGAGGAGGCCAACGCUUUCGACGUCAAGGGUGCCAUCACGUCGAGCCAUUUCCCGGAGCUGAAUUCCUGA